CCUUUUACCUACAACCUUGGGCGCAUUCUUUUUAGCACUAACCGGCGCUGGCUGCGUUUGCGGUGUUUUACCUAACGUCCACGGGUGAACGGAGCCGACUGCCUCCUUCCGCCGCUUUAACCCGCGAAGAAGAACGCGAACCCACAGGAUUUCAGCUCACGGCGUCUGUUUUCAGCGUCUCGCCUCGCGUGUGACGGAUCCAGCUGAUCUCCGCACGCUGGACUGAACAUGGAGAUUUCAUUCGCAGGAAAACGAGCUCUGGUCACCGGAGCGGGGAAAGGGAUCGGCAGGGCCACGGCUUUGGCUCUGGCGCGCUGUGGAGCAAAGGUGGUGGCGGUCACACGCACACAGGCCGACCUGGACAGUCUGAUGGAGGAGUGUCCGUCCAUCACUCCCGUGUGUGUGGAUCUAGCCGACUGGGACGCCACGGAGGCCGCGCUGCAGGACAUCGGCCCCAUCGAUCUGCUGGUGAACAACGCCGCCCGCAUCAGUCUGCAGCCAUUUCUGGAGGUUACGCCUGACCAAUUUGACCAGUUAUUCAGUGUGAAUGUGAAGGCUGCGCUGCACGUGUCUCAGAUUGUGGCUCGUGGCAUGAAGGCCAGAGGAGCAGGAGGCUCCAUCGUCCACGUGUCCAGCCAGGCUGCGCUCAGUGCCGUCAGAGAGUUUGCUGUUUACUGUGCCACCAAAGGAGCGCUGGACAUGCUGAUGAAAGUCAUGGCUUUGGAGCUCGGACCCCACAAGAUCCGCGUGAACAGCGUGAACCCCACAGUGGUGAUGACUGACAUGGGUCGUUUGGCCUGGAGCGACCCCAAAAAAGCAGAGCCCCUGAUGUCACGUAUCCCCCUUGGCCACUUCGCAGAGGAGGAGGACGUAGUCAACAGUAUUUUAUUCCUACUGAGUGAUAAGAGCAACAUGACUAAUGGAAUCACUUUGCCAGUGGACGGGGGCUUUCUGGCCUGUUGACCGACGUGAGCUUUGCUUCACCACGCGCUCAGUGGAUAGAAGAAUGAACCUCCACCUCCAUCACACAGCCAGGUUAUUCACCAAAUAAACUGACUGCACGAGC